AAUGAGUUCAGGAAGUGAAAAAUUAGAUUAAGUACAUCAACAUCAUUUGAUGGCACCAUUAAAACCUUUUUUUCCUAAUUAAAAUUUGGAAGAUAAAAGAAUUAAAACAGCAGCUAGAGAAUUUCAUGAUUUCUUAAAAGAAGCAAUAGAUGAAGAACAUCAACAUUUACUUAAUACUGAUUAAUCAAUUAUUAAUGAUGAGAUAAUUAAGAUGCCAUUACCAGAAACUAAGGCAGAAAUUAAAGAAUUGAUAUAUGAAUUAAAAAGAAUACAAAGUGAAGAAGAAUAGCUGUUAUUACAUUUUAUAGGAUAAGCUAAAUAAUUAGAUAAUAAUGAUAAAACUACUCCAAAAAGACUAAAAGAUUUCUUUGAAGGAUUUUAUUAUGAAGUUAUGAUUAGAAGUAAUGAUAAAAAGAAAUUAUAUGACAAAGUUUUAUUAAGAGAAGAAUAAUUGUAAUUAUCAUUUAAAUAUCAAGAUAGAAGCACUUAUCCUUAUUAGAAAUUAAUAUGACUAAAAUUGAAAAGAAUUAUGAAUCUAUCAAAAAAUGGCAUGAAAUUAGAUCAUUGAGAUAAACUGGGUAAUUAUUUUUAUUCAUUUUUUUAAGGAGAUAUAAAAAUAGUACUACAAAAAUCUAAAAGAUACAGAUUCCUAAUAAUGUUUCAAUAUAAGCUUUGAGUUAGGAUUUUCUUACUAAAAAUGUGAAUAUUCAACAUCAUGAAUAAUAAUCUGUAUUACAUGAAGAUGUUAUGACUAAACCAAAUGCAAUUACAUCAGGAUAUAAUUUAGAAUAUAAACCUAUAUAAUUUAAAGAAUUAUAAUAAGAUUUGAAAGAGAUUGAAAUUGAUGAGACAAGUGUAUAUGAUUGGAUUGUUGACAUUGAUUUAAUAACUACUAUUGCUAAAAAUGGUUGGAGAGUAUAUUUGUCUAAGAAAUUUGCAGAUGCAUAAGUAAAAUAAGAAUCUGAAAUACCAAAUUAUGGAUUCAGUAAAUAAUAACAUAAAGCAUAAUGGGAAGGUGCAGCUGUUGCAGUUGUUGGAUUAUAUGAUAAAGGAAAAACAUUUGUACUUAAUAAUCUUACUUCUUCAAAUUUACCAUCAGGCAAAAAGGUAACUACUAAAGGGGUUUCAUUUAAACAUGUGAAUGUAGAUUCAGGUACAUAGUUGAUUCUUGUUGAUACUGCAGGUAGUUAUUCACCUGUUAAAAUUACAAAUGAAUUAAGUAUUGUUGAAAAAGAAGCAACUGAAAUGUUUAUUACUGAUCUAGUUUUUGAAAUAUCAGAUUAUUUUAUAUGUGUAGUUAAUGACUUUACUAGUCUUGAUUAAAGAUAUUUAGAUAGAUUAAGUAGAAAUCUAUAGAAUUCUCCUAAUAAAACAUUUAGAGAAAUUAUUGUUAUACAUAAUCUUAAGGAAGUUGAAUCACCUGAAAUAUUAGAACAUGUUUGGAGUACUUAAGUUACUUAAAUUUAUUAAAAUGGAUCAAUUUAAAGAACUAAAGUAGCAUCAAUAAAUCCCACUAAUAAUUAAUUAUAAGAAAAACAUGUAUUAUGGUUCAAAACUGAAUUCACUAGACAUGUUUGUUUAGUUAAUGAUGAUUCUUAUUUAGGAAUGUCAAUCAAUCCAUGGGUUUUCUCAUUAUUAAGAUAUUGGUUAAAAGCAGUAUUUGUUCCUGUAAAUAGAUAAUUCUCUGUUGUUGAUAGUAUCAUUCAAUUUAGUAAGGUAAUUAAAUAAUUAAUUUUAAUUAGACUAAAUUAUCAUCUUAUUUUAGAACUAUACUUACACUAUAAAUUUAAGAUACUGAUGAUUUCUUAGUUAAAACUAUUGUCACUUAAUAAGAAGUUUAAGAUAGUAAUGUUAGAAUACCUUAAGUUUCUAUUGAUUCUAGUGGUUUAAUUAUGACUAGACCAGAUAGUUUCUUACCUAAUACUGAUAUUAUUGCUACUGAUUAGUAUAUUAUAUACAUGGAUGUACCAGGAUUAACCAAAAAUGAAAUUCUUGUUUAUCGUUAAAAUGUUGUUACUAUUAUUAAAGGAAUACGUAAAAGACCUUAUGAUGUAUUUCUAUUUAUUUAGUUUUUAUAAGUCUGAAAAACUAGAACGAAGUGAACGUAAGUAUGGAGAAUUUGCACUCUCAUUCAAAAUUCCUGAAAUAUAUGAAAGAAAAUGGAGUACUUUUACAGUUGAAAAUGGAGUUUUGACAAUUGUUUAUGAAAAAGAUAAAGAUGAUUAAAUUGUCAGAUAAAAAAAAUAAGAGUGA